AUGCCUCGGAAGGUCGCCUUACUCACGCAGCUCCCGCGGAGCAUCACCGUCCCCUACUAUGCGCCCUCUUGCCUCUUCCUCGAGACCGUACUCCGCAGCAAGGCAAUUCCAUUUGAGGUGAGUCAAGAGCCAACCGGAGGACCAUCCGAUGUUCAGACGAUGCAAUGCUCCCUCUACAACGUGCUCCCUCGCGAGCACCUGUUCCCUCUGAUUGAGGCGGACGGACAUUGCUUCCGAAAUGUGAUGGAAGGACUCGAUUACCUUCUGGCCAAAUACGGAAAAGUUGAACAAUUGAAUGCCCAACUUGAGAAAGUGUUCCGUUUCAGUCGAUCGACACGGGACUGUCCCCUCUGGAACGUGCUCAGGCUCUCGCUCUGAGUGCCCUCCUCGACGAGCUCACGUGGAUGCUCGCCUUUUCGCGCGGACAAGAUUUCUCGUGGCUGCGCGACGAUCGAAAGAUUAUCGAGGAUUUCGGCAAGAUUCAGUUGUACUUUUGGCGCAAUUGGAUCGUCCCGCAAAUGCAGAAAAAAGUGAGAGGCGAUGGGAUGAAUGGAAGAGUGCAACGGAGCGAUGUUUCAGACACGUCGACGAGUCCGCGGAUACGGACUGUCCGGCAAGUCGGCCGGGAAGGAGGUUACGGUGCGGACGGAGGCGAUGCUCGAGGCGCUCGCUUCCCUCCUCAACUCCAAUAAAUACUUUUUCAGCGUCAGCGAACCGUCAUGGGUGAGAAAAUCGCGGAAAAAGGAUGUGGCCAUAAGCAUUUUUCAGUAGAAAGUUCAAUUUGUUUUUAGUCAUUUUCCGGUUAUUUUCGCGGUUCGAGCUCACAAACCGUUCCGAUCAAAAAUUUAGCGAACACAAAAAUUGUGAAGAAUCACCCGGAAAAAGGCGUAAAACUCUUUUCAACACGCGUUUUCCCUUUGCAUCAAGCAGUUUCCGGAACCAAUUUCGUCUUUCCGUUUCGUUCAGCUCGACUGCAAAGCAUUCGCGGUGCUCGCGCAAUUCAAGUACACUCCGCUGCACAACGAGGCACGUGUCAAGCAGUUUAUGAGGGACCGAACGCCCAAUCUGGUGGGUCCCAUUGAGCCAACGGGAAACGGGGACGAAUGCUCGCUUCAGAUGACAUUUGUGACGCGGAUGAAGGAGGAGUUUUGGCCCGAUUGGAGCACCAAUUCGGAUUGAAUUUCAUUUCGUUCUGGCGCUCAAUAAAUAUGCUAAUUUGUAGGCUCAAUGAGCAAUUUUGAGUUGCAAUAAACAUUUGAAAACGCAAAGCGCACGUGGCACAGCACUAGACGCACAGGACUGUCAUUAGAAAUCGGGGGAAAAUGGGAAGUCGAUAGCUCGAAUCAUUUAUUUUGAUUCAUUAUCCUUUGAGACAUCUUCACAGCAGUAACUCGGAGGUUUUGUCCAGUGUCUCGUUUCGGCAAAAUGCUCAAAACUCAGAUAAAAUUUCAAAUGAUAGUCGUGCCCGUUGCGGUGAUCCUCGCCGCCCCUUUCCUUUUCAUCUCCGUCACUUUCCUGGGAUGCGGUGGGAAGAAGAAGAAGAAGAAAUCGACGGAAUCGCCGCGAAAUACCACAGCGAACACUCUGAAACCACCGAAAUCGGCGGAAAUGCCGGCGCAAUUGCAGUCGAAAUCCGCAGAGUCGCACAAGAAGGAAGAGCCGCCCGUCGAGGCGGAGCCCGUCAAACCGCCGAGUCCGCCGAAGCCGGCCGUGCAGGACACGAAAGUGGCGGAGAUGUUGCCGGAUUCGGAGAAGUCAGACGAGAUGAGGGACGGCAUCAAGCUGCCGCCGCCCAAGAACUUGGUACGAUCGCGCUCUAGGCCCGCGAAUAUCAUCACUUCACCGCUCCUGCCACCUGAGAAAAGCCAGCGAAGUUCAAAUGGGGCCCCGCCCCUUCAGAGUUCAAUUCUUGCAAGUAGCGCGCGCAGUUUUCGCAACGCUGCCGCACGCAUUGCUCUGAACACCGAAUUCUUGAAAAUUAAAGCAGAAAAUUAUUUUUUUGUUAUCAAAACGUAUUCUGGUGCCUCGUUGCAUCUUCCUUUCAGAAAAAAAAUACACUAAAAACCGACAACGAAACUUUUUUUCACUUGUUUUUUUCACUGUCGAACGGAAGAGCAAAAUGCGUGCGGCAGCGUUGCGAAAAACUGCGCGCGCUACUUGCAAGAAUUGGGCCCCAUUUGAACAUCGCGGGCUUUUCUCAGGUGGCCGGAGCGGUGAAGUGAUGAUAUCUAUUUUGAUUUUCAGAAAUGUGAGGGUGAUCUCGACAAGGCAAAAGAGAUGGCAAAAGAGAAGGCGAACGAGGAGAAAAAGGAGAAAAAGGAGAAGAAGGAGGAGAUUCUGUGA